AUGCGUGACGUAUCUUCCCGGCGUCAGCCACGAGACGCGGCAGAGACGCCUCAGCUGACUCCUCCGCUGACUCACAGGACUCGUGACCGGCUGACAGGACCCGCGGCGUCCCCCUCGGCUGCAGCACCGACAGGCCCCGUCUCCUCCGCAAGCAGGCGUGUGCUUGAAGCCCUGGACGAGAAGCUUCCCUCAGGCACCCUUGGCUACCCACGUCUCAGCUGCCUCACAGUGGCCCCCGCCACCGGCUUACCCACGCGGUCCCGCUCCGUGCCCUCCGAGCCCCCGACGCUGCCCGACUGCGCUCCUCCGCCCGGCUGCUCCUCGCCCGACGCGUCCGAAGGCAAGAGGCCCUCCGAAAGCCCCCGACGAAGGGUUGAAAGCUCAGACUCGCCGCGUCCUCAGCUCGUCCCGGGUCGUCAGCCCCUCGCCAUGUCCCGCUCGACCGUCCGCCACCAUCCCCUCGUCGCCGAGGACUCGCCUCUGCCCGGACCCUCGCCGGCGGAGAGCCCCCUGGGAGGCUCGCCCCUGCGCGGCAUGUCCCCCGACCGCCUCCUCAACGACCUGGACAUGAGGUCGUUCCGCGCCCCCGACGACCCGUCUCUCAACCUCCUCGAAGUCCCCAGCACCAACUGGACUCGCAGCCCCCGAGAGUCCGGCUCCUCGUCCCUGGCCUCGUCCACCUGCGACCUCAACGCGCCCAUCUACGACCCCGACAGGAACUCCAAAAUGCUGCCUAAGAGUCAGCAAUAUUAUGCAACAUGUGACAAAUGCUAUGAAUAUCACCUUUAA